GGCAUGGAGCUUGCGGCUUUCUCCCCCGUGCGAGUGCGAUUCGUUUAAGGGGUGGAUUUGGGGUCGCUUGGGGUGCCGCAUGCUUGGGGCACUCGGAAGUCGCGGCUUCUACACAAUGAUCCGUUAUUGCGCUUUGUUGAUGAUUACUUUUUUUUUCAGUCGCAUAGCUUCGACUUACCUCACUAGGCAGACAUUGUGCUUGCCCCCGUGCUUGGUCUUAGGGGUGGAUUUAGGGUCGCUUGCGGUGCUGCGUGCUUGGGACAUUCGGAAUUCGCGGUGUGCUGAUCCGUUGUUGCGCUGAUCACAUUUUGUUUCAGUCGCUUAGUUUCCACUUCACCUCACUAGACAGCCAUGGUGCUUGCGAUUUCUCCCAGCACGAUUCGUUUUAGGGGUGUAUUUGGGGCUGCUUGGGGUGACGCGUGCUUGGGGCAUUUGGAAUUUGCGGCUUCUACACACCGAUCAGUAAUCCUUUGUUGCGCUUUGGUGUUUAUCACAUUUUUUUUCAGUCGCUUAGCUUCGACUUACCUCACUAGGCAGCCAUGCAUGGAGCUUGCAGUUUCUCCCUGAGCGAUUCGUUUUAGGGGUGGAUUGGGGGUCGCUUGGGGUGCCGGCAUGCCGCAUGCUUGGGGCUUUCUGAAUUCGCAGCUUCUACAUACUGAUCUAGUGAUCCGUUGUUGCACUUUGUUGUUGAUCACAUUUUUUUCCUCACAAUCUUAGUUGACUUACCUCACUAGUCAGCAAUGGAGCUUGCCCCCGUGCGAUUCGUGUUAGGGGUAGAUUUGGGGUUGCUUGGGGUGCCACGUGCUUGGGGCAUUCGGAAUUUGCAGCUUCUACAUACUGAUCCAGUGAUCCGUUGUUGUGCUUUGUUGUUGAUCACAUUUCUUUUUCAGACGCUUAGCUUCGACUUACCUCACUGGGCAGACAUGGAGCUUGCAGCUUCUCUUAGUUCCAUUCGUUUUGGGUCGCUGGGGACUAGGGUGUUGCGUGCUUGGGGCAUUCGGAAUCACAGCUUCUAUGUGCUGACCAUUGUUGCGCUUUGUGUUGAUCACACACUUUUUUUUUGUCAAUUGCUUAGCUGCAACUUACCUCAUGAUGAUGUGUUUUAUUUUGUGGUUGUGCAGAUCCACGCAACGGUACUCCUGUACAACUAUUACCACCGGAAGCAGUUCCCACAGCUUAAAUUCGCUGAUCCCCAGCGAUUCUGCAUGAUCGCCUCCCUCACUGCCGGGGAAGCUCUGCUCGUGUACCUGAAACAGGUCCACGAGCACCACGACAAUGGCACUGGGGGUGGGCUCUCGGUCACUGACGAGGCAGUCGUCGAUGCCUGCAAUAUUGCCGAGGCACUCGACGCCACGAAGGACUCCCCCGAGAUGGUCAUGUGGCCCAUCACCAAGGUCGCUGUUCUGCUUCUCAAUAGGACAAAGAUGUGCUUGGUCAAGCAUGGAUCUCAAACCAAGGGCGUCUACUCGAUCUUUGAGAAAGAUAUCACGAUGUCAUUGGGUGGAUCACAUAGCAGUGAUGUGUCAGUGCAGGAAUCGAGCAAUAAAUCCGUAGCACUUCCUUCUGAACCAUACGUGCUUCAGCAGAUUGCAUAUUCAGAGGCGCAGCUCAAAACAGGUAUCAAGCGUGCAAACUUGCGGUUUCUCGAAGAACAUCGGGUGUACUCAUUGAAUAAAAAAGGGACAGCUACGAUGAUGUUUGUUCUGCAGUAUGAGAAAAAUAUCAAUAACAAGCUUAAGGAAAUGCCUUUGAAAGUUCUGGUCGACAGGAUGAGUGGUCCUAUACUUAGAAGUGAUCCGUGUCCUGCAACGACAUGUGUUGUUGAGUGCUAUCAUUUACUGCCAUACAAGGAGAUUCUGUUAAACAUCCUGAACAGAGCGUGGCCUUUGGAUUCUUCACUGAGCGCUCCAAAGGAACAAUUAUCUCAAAAUGGAAACCCUUCAUCCCACUCUGAAAUAGAUGAAAGUUUGAAGGAACAAGAAGCUAAUAGCAAGUCCAAACUGAAAAAAAUAAACACAAAUGUUUCAACUCCAAAGAAAAAUAAACAGGUAGUAAAAGCAGUUAGUGAUAGUGGCACCAACAACUGCACCACCACCAAAAACAAAAAAAACAGCAACACGAACAGCAAAAGAAAAUCCGAAACAUUCAAGGCCAUACUCCCUACCUACCCAGAGCAUGGAGAUGGCGAGAGCCCCACAAAAGAAACUGACUCACUUGCUGCUCCAGAUGUGGAAAGUUUAAAAUUUGUGAGCGCAAAACCCGCAAAAGCAACAAAUGGUGGUUCUAUAGACUUACAAGCCAGAGUCCAAAUGGAGAAUAGAAAUACAACCCAAGAUAUCAUUCUGGCACCAUAUGUUGAUCCUUUAAUUAACAAUCAUGCUUUGGAAAGCCAAAAGGAGAAAUUCACAGUAAAGUCUGGUGGCAUCUCAGAUAACAUGAAUGUUCAGAAGUGUGCGACACUGCAGUUACUUCAGAAGAUGCGGGAUGAUACUCUCCGUGAGCAUUGCAUGCUUGGAGAUCGAAGUGCUCAGUAUGAAAUGGAAAUUCAAACAAUCUUGACAGAAGGGGAUAUGACCCCUAAAGUGACGUCAAUUCUGAAGAAAUAUGAGAACAACUGGAACAUCAUAGAUGCUUCCAAUCCAACCUGCUCUGGAAAAGGAUGCCAAAACAUGAACUUAAAGAGGAAGAAACUGAAAGAGGCCAUUCUUCUACGCAACAAAUGCCAGGAACUGGAUGACAUAUGCCGUGAGAGCAAUUGGAUCCUUCCAAGAUACAAAGUACUUCCGUCAGUUACAGGUGAUAUGUACCAAGCCAGUGUCUACCUUACGGGCCCAGAUUUCAACUUGAGUGCCGAUGGUGAUAGGAAGAUCACCCCUCAUGAGGCGCGUGACUCCGCAGCGUCCAACAUGUUGCACCAGCUUCAGCAGAAGGCAAAGGAAAAUUAGAAGAGCAGCAGGUCUUCACAGCAUCCCUUGAUGAUGCAGCGUUACCUGGCUGCGACUUUUGAAAUAUAAGGAAGCGAGCAGGCGGCUGGAAAAAAGGACCAUCACAAGCUCAGAAUUUGAAACAUCCUGGGGGAAGCAUCGUCCAGUUACAUUGUUUUGCUGUUGUAAUGUAACCUCUCCAGAGGCUGCUGGUGUGCUGGGUCUCGCACAGUGUUUGUUUUAAAUUUAUGGAUAAUAUUACUAGUUCCAGGUACACAAUAACCUUGUUUUCAGAUCCCCACAAAGCUCUAUGGAAAAGGAUAGCUGCUUUUUCAACACUGAA